AUGCUGCUGGCCGACAGUUUCGUAGAUUUUAUGGUUUCAAUACCAAACAUAGUUUUUCAUGAGGAAUUACUCCCAAUUCCCGUUCUAUCUUUUAUGCGCGCUCUUCACCUAACAGUCACUUAUCACAGGUCUCUGAAAGGAGCGCAAAUUAGCUGGUUCCAAGGAAUAGUUGGAAUGCUUAUAAUAGCCCUAGGCGGAAGUACCACGAAUUCUCUACUGUUAGGUCAACCACCCAGCUGGCUCGUUUCGAACAGCAUUAUCCCGACUUAUGUAGCGGUGCAUAUCGCAUACUUUCAUUUGCCGCAAGUACGGGGGUUAUUACAUAGUAUUCCUGAUUACAUCCUAAACCCGAUACUUGAUUUAGCACACAUUCUUCACAAAGCCAACUCCAUCUGCUCAUCCGUUGAGAAAAUACGCGCAGAUGAGCGCUACCCAUUGAAUGAAAGCUGGAUAGCAAUGGUUGUAUGUGGCACUUUGUCUGGUUGCGCUGGCGGUUUAUGGGUUUCUACCUUCCAAAUCGCUACUCCGGAAUGGGGGUUUAAGAGUACCCCGCAAGUGCUUGUUGAGCCAAGCUACAUUAUGAAAGCAAGCUUUGUUGUCUCCUCGAUUUAUACUUGGGGCACAAGUGGCGAGGGACAUGGGAUAUUUCAAUUUGAUAAAAAAGAAGGAAGAGCUUUAGCUAUGUUAGGAAUGAGUCUUUUUUCACUCAUCAAAACGGAUGAAUUAGCUCAGAUAAUAAGAAAGAUUCGUGUACGAAGUAAUGGUGAGACGGCGGAGGGAGAAGAACAUAAAGAAAAGAAAAAUCAAUAA